AGAUUCUUCAAAUCCUAUUAUUUCAUAAGUUUCCAUUCAUAUAAUUAUUUAAUUAAUGACGUAACGUAAAAACUAUUUUCAACAUCGAAAUAUAUAUAUAUAUAUAUCUCGCGUCUCUCGAAAUCUUUAAACGAUAAUUAAUGGAGAUUCGCGUAAUGGGUGAAUGUCAAUUUGCAGAUUGCACAGCUGUCGUGUCUCGCGAAAUAUGAAACGGAAAACGAUUCUAACGAACCGCCAAUGCGGCCUUAAAUGAGCCUGAGGCAGCACCGACAUCGUUCUCAAUUUUAACACAUCGGUGUUCCGUUCUGCCCAGUCCUCCUAGCACGCUGUCGAUCGCGUACGGUUCGCGAAAUCGAAGAUUUCCGUGAGGAGACUCGCGACACGUCAGCCAUGGACGAUGUUCUCGAGAGCUGGGAGCAAAUAGAAGAAUCCAGUACUCUUGAUAAAAGAUUGGAGGCCCUUCAAUUGGACGCAGUAGAUGAUGUAGAAUCUUCUAGAUCUAGUCAUAACACAAAUACAAGAAUGAUCAUUUUGGGAGAAGAUGGUCUCAGAUCUCAGUACGUAGCUCCAAAUCCCACGGAGAUAUUGAAGAGAACAACUAGAGAUUCACGGGGAAGCGGUGAUGGGCCAUUAAAUGACGAUAAACCUAAGCAACCUAUCAAAACUUUGAAACAGAGAGAGCAAGAAUAUGCAGAGGCACGGAGAAGGAUUUCUGGGAGAGAAAAGAGUCCAGAAAAAAAUGAUCCCGGAAGUUAACAGAAUCAGUCAAAGUCGACCACGACAAAUGGCAACUAUCCCAGCAAUGUAGUUCGCAUGCCUGCUGGCCCGGACGGUACUCGUUUUAACGUACGCAGGUAGCGCGUCUUCCAGUUAACUUUUCUCACCCACCUUUUUCCUAUUCUCCUCACUCAUGAUAUGAGAAAGGAGAACGGCUAUGGGCCAUUGGAAGAAUUUUGCACUCUGAAGAGAGCGAAUGGAGAUCUUCAAGAAAAGUUCUAUCCCGCAAGUCACCAUGCGUACAUAGGUACAGGAACCAAGAGAGAACGGACUUAUCGAAGCAAAUGAUGAAAAUAUAAGAGAAAAAAAUAAUUACAUAUGUAUAUAUAUAUAUAUAUAUAUAUAUAUAAAAAUCAGAGUUACAUCUCGAGCGAUGCAAUGGGACGGAGACGUGGAUUCGUCACAUGCAAAUAAAAAUGUUUAUUUGCAUUAUUCAUAAACUUGUAAAAUAUUCAAAGUAAAAAUCUAAUGGAUUGUGUAAUAAGUACCCUUGAACUGUGUAAUAAAAAGCUCCUUGUAUAUAUAUAUACACAUAUAUAAGUGACAACAGUGUAUGCAAUAUGCCGAGUGUUUUGUUAUUAAAUCGAAGAUACUUUUAAA